GCCAACAGCUGAAUCAGCGGCCACCGUGAGGCUCCAAUUUCAACCGCCGCAAAUGGCCCAGUAUACACCAACCUUAAACCCUCCCAAAACCCUAAUCCCCAAGCUCUCAAAUCCUAAUCCCUCGUUCUCUUCAUUCUCUACCUUCACAAUCCCAAAACCCAAAUCCAUAAACUUCCCAAAAUUCUCCAUUUCGGUCACGGCGGCCCAAAACCAGCAGCACCACCAGCAACCGCCAUCCUUGGAAGCUCUGAUCAACAGUGAUCGCAAAGAAGAGGUGCUUGGAGUUAUCAAGAGUUCGUCGUCGCACUGCCUUUCCGAAACCAACCUCCACCUGACAGUUCCUGGCCUCAAAUCCAAAACCAGAGGCAAGGUUAGAGAUGUUUACGACAGUGGGGAUUAUCUAGUUAUGGUUACGACGGAUAGGCAGAGUGCAUUUGACAGAAUUCUUGCGUCUAUUCCCUUCAAAGGCCAGGUCCUUAAUGAGACAAGUUUAUGGUGGUUUGACAAAACUCGACAUAUAACUUCAAAUGCAGUUGUUUCGGCUCCGGAUGAAAAUGUAACAAUUGCAAAGAAAUGCUCUGUUUUUCCCGUUGAGUUUGUGGUCAGAGGUUUUGUGACGGGAAGCACUGAUACAUCAUUAUGGACGGUCUACAAAAAUGGUGUUCGAAAUUACUGUGGCAAUGUACUCCCAGAUGGCUUGGUAAAAAGCCAAAAGCUUCCUGCAAAUAUACUCACACCAACAACUAAGGCUGCAGAUCAUGAUGUUCCUGUUACCCCAGACGAGAUAAUUGAACGUGGACUAAUGACUCAAGCCGAGUAUGAUGAAGUAAGCAGGAAAGCACUGAGCUUGUUUGAGUAUGGACAGUGUGUGGCUUUGGAACAUGGCUUGAUAUUGGUAGACACAAAAUAUGAAUUUGGAAAGGGCCAGGAUGGUUCCAUUCUUUUGAUUGAUGAGGUGCAUACACCUGAUUCAAGCAGAUAUUGGAUUGCACAUACUUAUGAGGAGCGAUUUCAGAAUGGUCUUGAACCCGAAAAUGUUGAUAAAGAGUUCUUGAGGUUGUGGUUCAAAGAUCACUGCAAUCCUUACAAAGAUGAGGUCCUCCCUGAUGCUCCUGAGGAACUCGUUUGUGAACUAGCUUGGCGAUACAUUUUCCUGUACGAGACAAUAACAAAAUCAAAAUUCAAGCUGCCCUCCACGGAGGAGCCAAUACAUGAUCGGAUAUCACGCAAUGUUGCACAGGCGCUGUCAUCUCUGACUCGAUAACUUUGUACUGUGAAGCACAAAUUUUAUGCUGGAAUUUAGUUAACCCUUCCUUUCCACCGGAAAGAGGAAAGCAUCCGAAAUGAUUGGAAUGCAGUUUGUUGUGCUGUUUUUGGGAUAUUGUCUCUAGGUUAGGUGUUUAAACAGUGGCUUGUAUGCAACACCAGGUUAGGUGGUACUUGGUAUAAUUAAGCCAAAAGCGUUUUAAGCUGCCAUUUUGCUUAAAGUGUGCUUGCGUGCAAAUGUAAUCAGACCACAUUACAUCGGCAGAUGCCUGAUGGUGUGCUUAUAACUAUUAUUUGAAAGGAUAUGAAAUUUUAUUUACUUUUAAAACAA